GUCACAUCUUGUUAGCGCCAAGCCCGGAAGGCAACGGUGCCCUGACCGCUGAUAAGGCCUAAAGAUUCGCGCCGGUACUGUGCGCGAUAAACGAGCAGACUGCCUGGCUGUUGCCAUGGCGACGACCGAGACCGUUUCAGUUCGCUCUGCGUUUCGCUGGCGUGCUGCGCCGAUUAUUCACUGGACGAAGCUCCGUCGUCGUCGGUCUGUUUUACGGGCAGCCUGAAUAUCUGAAUAGCGUUCGUUGCUACUUGUCCGCGCCUGAGGUAUGUGUAUACCCUUACGCAGCGGCCACGGCGGUGAUCCACCAGCAGCAGAAGGCGGCUGCAGCGACGCAUGUUUGUGCAGACGACAGGUUUUUUCAUAAAACCGGUGUGAACGAGUGGGCCGCUUUUCCUAAGAAGCACUGGAAGCGUUGUGUUUUGCUACCUUUGCCGGAACAUUUCGAGCAUGAAUAUAUGCGGUGAUAGUGCUCCGGCCAUUUGACCAUAAGCAAGUGGUCCGAAGAAUCCUGGGCCUGUCCUCUCAACUUACCAAGUAUACUGAGAGACAAAGGACUUCGAGAGAGCACAUGGCGUCCGUCACUCAUGGCGAAGGUCACGAGGCCACGCUGCGCCUUCGUCCUGCUCGGCGCGAUCCUGUUGACGCACGGCUUCGCUUUCUGCCUCGAGAAUGGACUACGCGAGAGUGCAAUGGACCCUACAUUCGAUCUCCGCGAACAGGGGCAGGCUCGUCGCCGACUACCUCCUAGGCGAAGCCAGCGAGACGCACGCUACACAAGGUAACGUGACAUCAGGCAAGAAAGAAGGAGCGCUGACUGAAAAGAACAGGAGCGUAAGCCUCAAGCCCAGGAUGCAUGGAGCGUUCUUUCACGGCGAGCAUCUCGUGGCACAAAUAGACACGGCGGGACGACGCCGAUGAGCACAUGGCGUCCGUCACUCAUGGCGAAGGUCACGAGGCCACGCUGCGCCUUCGUCCUGCUCGGCGCGAUCCUGUUGACGCACGGCUUCGCUUUCUGCCUCGAGACUGGACUACGCGAGAGUGCAAUGGACCCUACGUUCGAUCUCCGCGAACAGGGGCAGGCUCGUCGCCGACUACCUCCUAGGCGAAGCCAGCGAGACGCGCGCUACACAAGGUAACGUGACGUCAGGCAAGAAAGAAGGAGCGCUGACUGAAAAGAACAGGCCUCCAUGGUUCCUGGAACGUCGGUACGCUGCUACUACGCUGGCGCCUGCCUCGCCUGCGUUUCGCUCGCCGUCUUUGUUUUCUACGGCGGCGGCGAAACGUUAGUUAACAAACGCCACGCCUGGUUCCCGAAAGCCAACCCCGCGAACGGCACCAGCGACACGCAGAUGCAGCAGCAAAGCAAGCCGGUCACUAUCUUGUUCUGGACCACGGCGUUCCGCAUACCGCAGCCCGAUGCCAAUAGCGGGCUAGUGUCCUACAACAGCUGCAGCGUCCCUUGCUUCCUGACCCGGGACAGGGCUCUGAUAAGAUCGGCGGACGCCGUCGUGAUACACGACAGGGACGCCAAUGGAAGAGACCUUCCCAGAUACCGCGCAGAGCAUCAGCGAUGGGUGUACUGGAAUAUGGAGGCACCCCCCAACAGCCGUCCCAGGCGAAUGGCGAGACUCAGGGGCGUCUUCAACUGGACAUACACCUACCGCCGCGACUCGGACGUGCCGCAUCCGUACUACUUCGUGCGUUCGGUCGGCCGCCGCAGGACGGCGCCACCAGCCGAACACUCGCCGACAUUCAACCGGUCCGGACUGGUCGCCUGGGUCGCCAGCAACUGCCAGACGCCAAGCCGGCGCGAGCGGUUCGUGGACGAGCUCCGCAAGCACAUUGCGGUAGAUACGUUCGGCUUUUGCGGAAACCAGAAGUGUCCGCCGGGGGACGACUGCUUUGCUCGUCUCGGCGAGAGGUACUACUUCUACCUGUCCCUGGAAAACGCCGUGUGCCCCGACUACGCCACGGAGAAGCUGUACAACGCGCUCCACUACGGCAUGGUUCCGGUGGUGAUGGGAAAUUACUCUGCGAGCCUGGCGCCUCCCGGAUCUUGCAUCGACGCGCUUCGAUUCGCGUCUCCCGAGCGCCUCGCCGUGUACCUGAAGGCGGUGGCCGCCGAUCCCGCUCAGUACGAGGCUUACUUCGCCUGGAAGAAGACGCACGAGGUUCGAUAUCUCCAAUUCGCGGAUCACUGCCUCCUCUGCGAGGCGCUUUCCAGAGCUCGUCCAGACGAACGCAAGACGUACGAGGACAUCGUCGAGUGGUGGCACGGCAACCGAUCCAUCUGCAAGCGAUGGAAGCCGGCGAACUUUCUUAUCGAUGGACUGUAGAGGAUAUCCCCUCGAGUAUCGCCUUCCCGACGCAAACGCGGUCUGCCCGGCCACCCGCGAAGACAAGAUGGCCUACCCGCCGCGUAGUUGGCUUGCCCGCAGUGGUUCUCACGUUUUGCUGCCGAGCAGCUAUCAGGUUCGAUUCCCGCCCCCAUUUCUGCAAAGGGGACCGUGAGGAAGAGCGGAGUCGAGAUAACGCAUGGGAGAAAAAAAUAAUGGCAGCGAAUUCAUCCUACGGAGACGACUGGCGACGGUAACGUGAUUAGCAUUCUUUCUCGCGACAGAGGUGUGUAAUUAGCUAUAACACGUGAUGGACCCUUAUGAUGCAAGGUUGUGCGAUAAAUUAAAUUGCUGAAUGCUUA